CAUUCAAUUGGCUUUUGUUUAGUAUUGAAAUCUUACUAAAAUUUAGAUUUUUUUUUUAAAGCAAUUUCGAUCAAUUUUAUUUUCCUCUGAUUUGCUUUUCAAAAAUGGGAAUUUAGGGACAAAUUUCGAAACUGGACGGAGAUCGAUUAUUCUAACCAAUUCAGGAACCAAGGUUUAUGCCCUGCAUUUGAAGAUGGGCAUCGCUUUAAGCAAAACUACAUUCAAAUUUGGCUCCAUUUUGCUGUUGAAGAGAAGCCCUAUGCAGUCUGGCAAGAACAAAGGCUAAUACUUCAAAUCCCAAAUGGUUAAAGCCCUGAAAAAACCUUCAUAUACUCUCCCCCUUGCAUCACUUUAUCAUGUCUAAAAGUCUUCUCUCUCGCAUCAAACCUCUUCAUCACCCAAAACCCAAUUCUUCUUCUCGUAUUCCCUUCACACCCCAUGUUAAAAAUCUCGUCAGAGACACCAUCCAAAUUAUCAAAACCGACCCACUAUGGCAAGAAUCUCUAAGGACCCAUUUUGCGGAGGCAGGAACUCAUGUUUCAGAGAUUGCAAACUUUGUGUUUGAUCAAAUUCGAGACCCGGAAUUGGGUAUAAAGUUCUUUGAAUGGGCCUCAAAGCAAUCAGAUUGCAGCAAUUCCUUAGAUGGAUUUGCUUGUUCUUCACUUUUGAAGCUCUUAGCGAGAUGCAGAGUGUUUGUAGAGAUUGAGAAUUUGUUGAAGACAAUGAAAGCUAUGGAUUUAGUGCCUACAUGUGAAGCUUUGAGUAAUGUUAUUUGCAUGUAUGCAGAUUGUGGGUUGGUUGAUAGGGCUCUUGAUUGGUACCAUACUGCUGUUAAUGUCCAUAAUUGUGCCCCCGAUGGUUUUACUUGCAAUGCCUUGCUUAAUUUCCUGGUAAAAAAUAGAAAGGUUGAAAUUGCACGUAAACUAUAUGAUGAAAUGGUCCAUAGAGAUGGUGGUACUGAUAAUUAUACAGUUUGUAUAAUGGUAACAGGCUUGUGUAAAGAAGGGAAGGUUGAGGAGGGUAGGAAGUUGAUUGAGGAGAGGUGGGGAAAGGGGUGUGUGCCAAAUAUUGUGUUUUAUAACACGCUAAUUGAUGGAUAUUGCAAGAAAGGAGACAUUGACAGAGCUAAUGUGCUUCUCAAGGAGUUAAAGAUGAAGGGGUUUUUACCGACAGUGAAGACUUAUGGCACUAUAAUUAAUGGGUUAUGUAAGAAAGGUAAGUUUGAGGCAGUUGAUAGGGUUUUGCUAGAAAUGAAGGAGAGGAGUUUGACUGUUAGUGUUCAAAUUUAUAAUAGCAUUAUUGAUGCUCAAUUUAAGCAUGGUUGUAAAAUUGAAGCAGCAGAGACUUUAAAAUGGAUGAUUGAGAGUACUUGUGUGCCUGAUAUGGCAACGUAUAAUACUUUGAUUAGCAGUUCAUGUAGCUAUGGAAAAGUUCAUGAAGCUGAACAACUUCUAGAACAGGCAAAAAAGAGGGGAUUGUUGCCAAAUAAAUUUAGUUAUACUCCUCUUAUACAUGUGUGUUGCAAACAAGGGGAAUAUGUUAGGGCCUCAGAUUUGCUUAUUGAGAUGUCAGAAAGAGGACAUGCACCUGAUUUGGUUACUUAUGGAGCGCUUGUCCAUGGGCUUGUUGCUGCAGGGGAGGCUGAUGCGGCAUUGACAGUUCGAGAGAAAAUGGUGGAGAGGGGAGUAUUACCAGAUGCAAAUAUUUACAAUGUCUUGAUGAGUGGACUUUGCAAGAAAGGGAGGCUACCUGCUGCCAAGCUCCUGCUUGCAGAGAUGCUAGACCAAAAUGUAGCCCCUGAUGCAUUUGUUAAUGCCACUUUGAUUGAUGGAUUUGUAAGACAUGGUGAUCUUGAUGAGGCCAAAAAGCUCUUUGAGCUCACAAUUGAAAAGGGUAUAGAUCCUGGCAUUGUUGGUUAUAAUGCCAUGAUUAAGGGUUAUUGCAAAUCUGGAAGGAUGAACGAUGCACUGCUAUGCUUUAAAAGAAUGAUAGAAGAUGUUCAUUCUCCAGAUCAAUUCACGUAUUCCACAAUCAUAGAUGGGUAUGUAAAGCAGAACAACUUGCAUGGAGCACUGAGAAUAUUUGGGCUGAUGGUGAAAAGGACAUGCAAACCAAAUGUUGUAACUUAUACAUCUCUAAUUAAUGGAUUUUGUCGCAGUGGAGACUUCAAUAUGGCUGAAACAACUUUUGAAGAGAUGCGAUCUUGUGGAUUGGAGCCUAAUGUGGUAACAUACACUAUACUUAUUGGUUGCUUUUGUAAGGAGGGUAAACUUUUAAAAGCUUGCUCCUUUUUUGAACUAAUGUUGAUAAACAAAUGUAUUCCUAAUGAUGUUACCUUCAACUAUCUGAUAAAUGGCUUAACACAUAACACUGGAAUUACAACUUCUGACAAAAUAAUUGAGUCUCAACAGAAUGGGAAUUCUUUAGUCCUGGAAUUUUUUGGAAUGAUGACAUCAGAUGGAUGGGAUCAGAGGACUGCUGCCUAUAAUUCUAUCCUCAUCUGCCUUUGCCAACAUAGAAUGGUGAAAACUGCUUUGCAGUUGCGUGAUAAAAUGAUGAACAAGGGUUUCUCUCCUGAUCCUGUUUCUUUUGUCGCAUUGGUACAUGGUCUUUGCUUGGAAGGAAGAUUGCAUGACUGGAGCAAUGUUAUGCCCUGUAAUUUGAAUGAACAACAACUCCAAAUUGCUGUCAAGUACUCAGAGAAAUUGGAUCAGUUCCUCUUCCAAGGGCAAACUUCUGAGGCCUCACUUAUUUUGCAUACCUUGGUUGACCAGUUUAAACUCCAUAUUCAACAAGCGUAUAAAUUUGAAGUCUCAUCAAGAUAGGGAGGAGAUGAAAAUUUGAUUGGUCAUGCUUUGAACUGAGUUGAUAUUAAACAGAGUCAUGGAGAUAAAUGUCCUGUUCUAGUGAUUCUUCAGAAUGCUUGUUAAUUCCUUGAUGUGGAUCUGCCAGAAAUCCUUUUACAUCCUGUUGGUAUUGGAUUUUACAAACUGUUGUACAUUUGGCCGUUGAAGAUGACAUCAGUCACCAUGGCUGUUUGAUUCAAUUGAAGUACAGUUAAAUACAUUUGUACAGUUGCUGUAACCAUGUUGUGAAACAAAUAAGUUUUGCACCAGGAAGCAAGAUAUUGAAGGGGACAUUGCUUUUGGAGGUAUGCACAAGAAUAUCAUUUUGUCCUUCUUUCACUCAAAUAUACCAAGGGAACCAAGUAAUCCUGCGUAAUUAGUUCUGUAUAGACACGACAUAAUCUUGACACUUAAUUUUCUAACUUGGAUAUUGUUUAACAAAAUGUAACGUGUGCUCCUGUACAGUUGGACUAGACCGUACAAAAAAAGGGCAAUUUCCUUGCUUCUCUCCCUCUCUCUCUCUCUCUGUUUCUUUGAAAGGUAAACUUUGGCAGGAAAAAUGCUCAAUAUUUUGGUUUCUCAGUGGGCCAUUCUUACUGUUGUUUUCUUAAGCAUGUCACCAGUGACCAUUUGUAUUCUAUUUUUGUUUAGACUAAGUUUAUCAUAAUUCAAAACACAAAUGUAUAGAACUUUCAUGUAAAAUAGGUGGGUAGUAUUAUAAAUCGUUUAUCUUUUUCCA